GGGGAGGAGGCGGGGGGCGGCGGCUGCGGCGGCUGCAGCAGAGGGGCCGAGAGCUGGCGGCGGCGGCGGCGGCGGUGGUCGUGAAGGGCAUCGGCGGCGGCGAUGAUAGCAGAAAUGAUCUGAAGAUGGAAAGAGCCAGGCGGAGGGGAGGCGGCGGCGGCGGCCGCGGCCGUGGAGGCAAGAAUAUAGGGGGCUCUGGCCUAAGCAAGAGUAGACUCUAUCCCCAGGCCCAGCACUCUCACUACCCCCACUACGCUGCUUCAACCACCCCUAAUCAGUCUGGGGGCACAGCCGAAAUCCAAGAGCUGGCUUCCAAACGAGUGGACAUCCAGAAAAAGAGGUUUUACCUAGACGUGAAGCAAAGCUCCCGGGGCCGGUUCCUAAAGAUAGCCGAAGUCUGGAUAGGGAGAGGCCGGCAGGACAAUAUCAGAAAGAGUAAACUGACCCUAUCCCUGUCUGUAGCAGCGGAGCUGAAGGACUGUUUAGGGGACUUCAUCGAGCAUUACGCCCACCUGGGCCUGAAAGGCCACAGGCAAGAGCAUGGCCACAGCAAAGAGCAAGGUUCCAGGAGGAGGCAGAAGCACUCAGCACCCUCCCCGCCAGUCUCCGUAGGGUCUGAAGAGCAUCCUCACAGUGUCCUCAAAACAGACUAUAUAGAGAGGGACAAUAGGAAAUAUUACCUAGACCUAAAGGAAAAUCAGCGGGGCCGCUUCCUAAGGAUUAGACAAACCAUGAUGCGGGGAACUGGCAUGAUAGGUUAUUUUGGCCACAGUUUGGGCCAAGAACAGACUAUUGUCCUCCCAGCACAAGGAAUGAUUGAGUUUCGUGAUGCCUUGGUUCAGCUAAUUGAAGACUAUGGUGAAGGGGACAUAGAAGAACGAAGAGGUGGAGAGGAUGACCCACUUGAACUCCCAGAGGGGACUUCUUUCAGAGUGGACAAUAAAAGGUUCUACUUUGAUGUGGGCUCUAAUAAAUAUGGAAUUUUCCUGAAGGUAAGUGAGGUGAGGCCACCUUACCGUAAUACUAUUACUGUUCCAUUCAAAGCUUGGACAAGGUUUGGGGAGAAUUUUAUCAAGUAUGAAGAAGAGAUGAGGAAAAUUUGCAACAGCCAUAAAGAAAAGAGAAUGGAUGACAGAAGGGCCAGUGGUGAAGAACAAGAAUGCCUCGACUAGAGUGAAAUUGAACUCCAUCAGGCAAAAUUUAAAAUCAUAAAUUGGCUAAAAGUACUGAUCCAUAAUUAUUUGAAGAAGUUUUUCCUCUUUUUUUGGCCCUUUGUUAUUAGUAAUACCUCUAGUAGUUUAUACUUCAAGAAGUCUGAUUUUCAUGUUAUGUUAUACAUAGAUCACUAAAUUCUUAUGGGAAUUCCAACCUUCCCAGAGCUAAAUAUUUAAGCUGCUUCAACUGCUCCAGACUAUUGAAGUAUGCAGAUCAGCACAAAAUGUGACAUUCUGACCUUCUAAAUAUCAUUUAUAUUGCACUAUGACAUAAUCCUGAAAAAAAGAUACAUAUACUUAAUAUGGAAGUGUGAAUUUCUAUUUAACAAAUUCCCAAAACACUAUUCCAUUCCUAUAUUAUUAAAAACUGCUAAGCUACCUGUAGGACAGUUACCACAGAAACAGAAACUGACAUCAAGUAUUAUAUCAUUAUAUUUAUUUAUAAAAGAAAAAUAGAAAUAUAUUGUCCAUUGGAUAACUGUAUAUUAAAUAGUACCACUAAAAGAUCAAAUCUUAUUAGAUAAUUAAACCUUUAAAAUAUGGUAUUAUAAUAUUCCUUAAGAAUUAACUGCAGUAUUCUAUAAUUUUCAAGUUUUGUGGUAACCCUACAGUUUACAGUUGCCAUAUCAAAGCCAUGGGAGAGUUUUAAUCGGGUAUCCUAAGCUAGUGAAAAUCUUAUCUUCACUUUUGUUUGUUGUGCCAUAUAGUUUUGCUGACUUUCCAACAGUUCAGGAAUUACAUCUACAUCACAAUUGAGUGGGAGGCUUCAUCCAGUGGCUUUGCUAUGGAAAUUUUGGUGUUUUAGCAUUUCUUGCUAGUUUGAAAUUGUGAUAGGUUUUUCCCUAAAAUAUGUCAUGAAUUCAAGGUGUUAUAUUUUAUGUGUUUUGUUUAACUGCUUCAGAGGGGUUGGUGCACCAGUUACCUGAUAUAAAACUAUAUCUGUAAUAAUAUACUUUACUAGCACUCUUGCAAUUGCCACCCUUAAAACCAUUCAAGCUCCGAUAUAAACCACACUUUUACAGGUGUUUUAAUUCCAGAAGGGGGAGAAAAAAACAGUCUUUCUAAAAAGCCUUUAGAAUACAAAUUUUGUUUCAGGGAAAAAUAUUAUUUGAAAAUAAGAUUGGUUAUAAACAUAUUUGAAAGGAAAAUUCAGGCAUUUUCCAAGGUGCUCUUUAUGAUACUUAAAGAGGUUUACUUUACACAAGAUUCAUCCCUUUACCUGUAUUAAAAAUUACUUUCCAGAAAGUGCCACACCAAUUUUUUAACACCUAAGCAAUUUUUUAAACAAGUGGAUAUAGUGUAUAUGUGUACCAACCCACCCUGUACUGAAAAUUUCUUCUGUUAGGCUGCAUUUUAUUCUGAAUGAAAUUGUCUUUUAUCUUGGUUUUAUUCACCUCCCACACAGUAUAUUCAUAUAAUCAUGUUUAAGAGCCAGAACACUGAUUUCAACCCCCAAAUAUAGCUCUCAUUGAUGAGAGCUGGCUGCGUGGAUUGAGGUCAGAAUGUAGCUCUUUGCUAUGCUAUAACUCAAAAUUAUUUUAAGUUUCUUCCUUCAGAGUUUGUUUCCAAAUGCAUUUAAGUAAGGUCACUAAGAAAACUUUAAGGUAUGAAUUGAGAAAAUUUAUUUCAUUGGUUUACAUCACAUAAGUAACUCAGUAACUCAGACAUAUAUACUGGUGUUGAUUUCACAUUUCCUCAAGUAGUAUGAGGAAUCUCAGUUCAUUAUAAUUGUGGACCAUCUGGAUCACUAUGGAACAACUGAAGGUUAGAAGAUGAUGUUAGUACUAAAGUUAAUAGCACAUGGUGGGUGUUGAGACAAUAAAAGUAGACAGAAUUUUUAAACUGUAAAAUAACAUAACUUUGUAGGCUUGCUAAAAAAUAGUUCUUGGUUUAUGAAGGAGUGAUGUGCACUUGAAUUACUGUACUACUGAUUGUUAUUGCUGCCCAUCAUAGUGCCUAUUAAUAAUCAACCUGUCAGAUUUUGGCAAACUGGAGCUGUGAAUAUUACAAGAUUUGAUUGUUCCCAUCACUAUUGCUGUGAGUGUAUGCUCUCUCUUAAAACCUUCAUUUUAAAAAUAUUUAUAUCCAUUAGGAUUAAAUGAUUUCUUUUUUGGUCUGAUAAGAUUUGAGUAUGUGUGUGUGCAUAUACAUAUAUAUGUAUAUACACACAACACUAUGUCAGACUUAACUAUAAAUGUUUUUAAUUCAUUGUAUAUAAAUAUUAUUAGUUUAAUUUUGCAUUAAUUAUUUAAGUAAGGAAUGAGUUAAGCAGCCAAAUUUCUGCCUUGUAUGUAUACGUCAAAGUUUUUACCAUCUCAAAGCUGCAAAUUGGAUUGAUGCAUAUAUACUGGCAAUUGAAUAUACUCUAGAAUCAUUAAGCCUUCUACCAGUCCUUUUGUUUCACUUUUUCAUAGUUAACAUAUUCAUUGAAAAAUGAAAAUAAUGCUAUGAUUUUUGAUACUAAAAAUUCCCAAGAAUUCAUUAGCCAUAAUUAAGCAUGAUCCAGUUCAAAACUCUGGAAUUAGGACAUGUAAUGCCAUGUAUCUUAUUAAAUAAGCUACUAGUUUUAUCUGUGCAAUAUAUAUUUUAUUUUAUUGUCAUUUGUAACAUAAGUGGAGCUGCAAGUGUAUGGUAUUCUUCAAAAUAAUAGGAUCUUUGCCUUGAAGACAUUAAAUUCUUAAGGCAACUGGAUGUUGAAGUAAAAACUGAGCAUUGAAGUUAGUAACCAAAAUUACUUGUUCACUGUAUAAUGGUAAAACACUGAUGAUGUUUGCACAUAAUAAUCCAAGCAUAAUGUGGUACAGACUCAAACUGUAAUAAUAUAAGCUAAUAGUAUAAAAUUUGGAAACGGGUUCCUCUUAAUUGUUGGCAGUGUGCUCCUAGCAAUUGAAAGCAGCACUAAUUUGUUGCUUAUAUGCAAAAGAUGCAAUGUAUUAUAAAGGUAUUAAAGUUCUGCCACAUUUUAUAAUUUUCUUUAUUAAAGCCCCAAACUGCCAUGUCCCUUAAACUUGAGUCAAACACAAGCAUAUUUGCACUAAAGAGCAUGGCCAAAAAAAAAAAAAAAUGACAGGGUGGAAAAGCUAGUUGGAACCUCUUGAAAAAAAUUGGUUCUAAUGGGAGAAUUUCACAUUUGUCUAUUUGAAAGCUAUAUGGUCCAGGCAGACAAUCUGUCAGUUCACUAAUUUAAUAAUGCACUUUACCUUUUGUAUAUAGAAGAUGUACAUUUAUGCCACUUGACAGGUGGGAUGUGUUUCAAUAACUAUGUAGUUAGAAUCUGUAGGGUGAUCUCUUGCAUGCAUAUGUUUGUGUUGGAACUGUUGUUGUAACAGGUUUCCAUUAAAUCAGUGUAAUGGAGAAGGGUAAGAAGAUGCUUUUGAAACAAAUCCCAAUACAUUUAACAGAGAAAUUUAGAGUUCGUAUUUGUAUUCUUAAGGACUAGAAUAAAUAAAAAACUAUUUCUAUCCAGAUUAGUAUUGCAGUUCAGGCUGUAUCUAUUUGAAGCCACCACCACCCCCCAAUAAUAACUCUAAAAGUUAAUUCUGGGAAUUUUUCCAAAUUAAAAAAUAUUUUUGAUGAUUCUCUUUUAUUCUGAUUCAAGUAACUAAUAAAAGGGGCAUGAUUCUAUACUAAAGUUACAGGUAUGGUUAGAUAGUAUUUUUUAAACACCCAGACUAAAAAAAUAAUGUUUCAGAAGUUAAGAAAGUACAAAGAGCCUAAUGUUACUAAAAUAAAUAUAACAUUUCAAAAUUUGCAGAAGUACUGACCUUUCGCCAACUAAAAAGGGUAUUGGGGGAAUUAGUGUAUCCGUUCAUCCUUAAAACUUCCUAAGAUGUACAUUUGAAAACUAGAUAAUUGUUGCUUAAUAAUAGGUUGUAUGUACUUUACUGAGAAACACUGUGUACUAACAAUUCAUCAAGAGUGUGCUAUAUUUACUGCAUUCAUUUUAUAUCUAUAGAUAAGAAUACAUUAUAUAUAGUCAUCUUAAUAUAAUCAUGUAUUUAUAUUGUAAUUUUG